AUGGGGCACGUACCUGCCUCCCUCUGCCGCUCAGGGCGCCUCACCUCUGCCCCCUGGGCAGCCCUGCUCCUCGGCUUGGUCUUUGCCUCCUUCCAGCCCGCUGGCUCUGCAGAAGCAAGCAACAGCAACCACUCAGCGCUGACCACCCAGCACCCAGACCCUGACAGCCUGGACCAGUGCCCCAAUGUCGACUUCUGCCCUCAAGCCGCCCGCUGCUGCCAGGCGGGCGUGGAUGAGUACGGCUGGAUCGCGGCGGCCGUGGGCUGGAGUCUCUGGUUCCUCACCCUCAUCCUGCUGUGCGUGGAUAAGCUGACGAAGCUCCCUCCCGAGGAGCCCAAGGACUCCCAGGCCUGA